CACCUGCGCGGCCGGAAGUUCCGGUGGCGGAGCGCUGGACCGGGCCCGAGCGGAUCGCGGGCUCGGGCUGAGGGCGUAGGGCGGGCCCGGCGCGGAGCCUGGGAGCGGAGCCCAGGCCGUGCCGCGCGGCGCCAUGAAGGGCAAGGAGGAGAAGGAGGGCGGCGCGCGGCUGAGCGCCGGCGGCGGCGGCAGCCCGGAAAAGAGCCCGAGCGCGCAGGAGCUCAAGGAGCAGGGCAACCGGCUCUUCGUGGGCCGCAAGUACCCGGAGGCGGCGGCCUGCUAUGGCCGCGCCAUCACCCGGAAUCCCUUGGUGGCGGUGUAUUACACCAACCGGGCAUUGUGCUACCUGAAGAUGCAGCAGCAUGAGCAAGCUCUGGCUGACUGCCGGCGCGCCCUGGAGCUGGACGGGCAGUCUGUGAAGGCACACUUCUUCCUGGGGCAAUGCCAGUUGGAGAUGGAGAGCUAUGAUGAGGCUAUUGCCAACCUGCAGCGAGCCUACAACCUGGCCAAGGAGCAGCGGCUCAACUUUGGGGACGACAUCCCCAGUGCUCUGCGCAUCGCGAAGAAGAAGCGCUGGAACAGCAUUGAGGAGCGGCGCAUCCACCAGGAGAACGAGCUGCACUCUUACCUCACACAGCUCAUUGUGGCCGAGCGUGAGAGGGAGCUGGAAGAGUGUCAGCGGAACCAUGAGGGUGAUGAGGACGAUGGCCACCUCCGGGCCCAACAGGCCUGCAUUGAGGCCAAGCAUGACAAGUACUUGGCAGACAUGGAUGAACUCUUCUCCCAGGUAGACGAGAAGAGAAAGAAGCGAGAUAUACCCGACUACCUGUGUGGCAAGAUCAGCUUUGAGCUGAUGCGGGAGCCCUGCAUCACACCCAGUGGUAUCACCUAUGACCGCAAGGACAUUGAAGAGCACCUGCAGCGUGUGGGCCAUUUCGACCCUGUGACUCGGAGCCCCCUGACCCAGGAACAGCUCAUCCCCAACCUGGCUAUGAAAGAGGUCAUUGACGCGUUCAUCUCCGAGAAUGGCUGGGUGGAGGACUACUGAGGCAGGGCGAGUGUGUGAGCCACUCACCCGCCUUGCCUGGUACCCUGGCCCAGGAGGGCCUUGGGCAGUAGUCUCUAGCCGCUGUACAUAGUUUGUGUCCCUAGAUCCCUAUCUUGGUGUCCCCAAGCCCACCCCCAUCAGUUCUGCUGGGUCAUGAGCCUCCCCCAUCCCCCUCUGGGCCAGAAACAGUGGGGGAGAGUGGGCUGGGCUGAGGCUGCCGCUGCCAUCUCUGUCCCUGUAAUAAAAUCUGUGAGCACUAUA